AUGGAUCUCAUGAAUAAAUCCACAAUUUCUGAAUUUGUUUUACUCAGUCUCUCUGGAUCAUGGGAACUUCAGAUUUUCUAUUUUAUGUUCUUUUUGUUGCUUUAUGGGGCCACUGUAGUGGGGAACCUCCUCAUUGUGAUCACAGUGAUAUUUAGUUCUCAUCUGAACUCUCCAAUGUACUUCCUCCUUGGCAACCUCUCCUUUUUUGACAUGUGCCUCUCUACUGUCACUACACCCAAAAUGGUUUCAGACUUGCUCAGGGAACAGAGAACCAUACCUUUAUGGGGAUGUAUGACUCAGAUGUUCUUCAUGCAUUUAUUUGGGGGUGGUGAGAUGACUCUCCUCAUCGCCAUGGCCUUUGACAGAUAUGUUGCCAUAUGCAGACCUCUUCAUUAUACAUCCAUCAUGAGCCGUCGCCUGCUCCAUGGGUUUGUGCUAUUCUCAUGGAUAAUUGGUUUCAUACACACUAUGAGCCAAAUGGUUCUAACUGUGAACUUGCCCUUCUGUGGACCCAAUGUCAUAGACAAUCUAUUCUGUGACCUUCCCCUAGUGAUCAAACUUGCUUGUAAGGACACCUAUGUUCUGGAACUGUUUGUCAUUGCUGACAGUGGCCUACUUUCACUGAUUUGCUUCAUCCUAUUGCUUGUGUCUUACACUGUUAUUCUAGUCACUGUCCAUCGCUCCUCUGGUGGGCUUUCCAAAGCUCUGUCCACAUUGUCUGCUCAUAUCACUGUGGUGACUCUUUUCUUUGGGCCAUGUAUCUUCAUUUAUGCUUGGCCAUUUAGCAACUUUUCAGGGACUAAAAUCCUCUCUGUGUUUUAUACUGUUAUCACACCUUUAUUAAACCCUAUUAUCUAUACCCUGAGGAAUCAGGAGAUGAAGGUGGCCAUGAGGAAACUGAUGACCCAGCAUGUUCACUCAAGGUAA